AUGGGAAUGAGAGAAGAACAAGAAGAAGAUGAUGGCCAUCAACCUCUUUUAGUGUCAAUUCCAGAUGAAGAAGACGAGUCUUUAAUCAGACGGACAUUGUUGGAAUCGAAAAAGAUAUGGCAAAUCGCAGGCCCAUCCAUCUUCAGCCGCCUUGCCAUGUUCUCCCUCACCGUCAUAACACAAUCAUUCGCCGGCCACCUGAGUGACCGCGACCUCGCCGCCAUCUCCAUCGUCACCACUGUUAUCAUCUCCAUCAGCUUCGGCUUCUUGUUGGGUAUGGCAAAUGCGCUCGAGACGCUAUGUGGCCAAGCUUAUGGGGCAGAACAGUACCAUAUGAUGGGUAUUUACAUGCAACGCUCAUGGGUUGUGCUGUUUCUCAGCUCUAUUUUGAUGUUGCCACUUUUUUUGUUCGCAACGCCAAUACUGAAGGUCACUGGACAGUCAACCGCGGUGGCGGAGCUGUCGGGUCUGGUGGCGAUGUGGUUGAUUCCGAUGCACUUGAGCUUUGCGUUUCAGUUCACGUUGAUAAGGUUCCUGCAGUGCCAGCUCAAGACCGCUGUUUUUGCUUGGACCUCCGGUGUUGCACUUGCGCUCCAUGUGUUUGUUAGUUGGCUUUUUGUUUAUAAGUUGAUGGUUGGGAUUGUUGGGACUGCUUUGACUCUUGAUUUCGGUGGGUGUCAGUCUUGGGAUUGUUUGGGUACAUUAUUUGUGGCGGGUGUCCUCAUCCUUGGUCUGGUUUCUCUAAUCAAGCGUUUAUGGGGCUGUGGGAGUUCUUUAAACUCUCUGUGGCUUCUGGGGUCAUGCUCUCGUUGGAAAAUUUUUAUUAUAGAACUCCUUUUUUGCCUGCUCACUUUAAUUUCGUCCUUGUUUGACGGCAUCACUUUCUUUGGAUGGGAAUCCAUGAUUCCACUUGGAUUUUUUGCUGCCACAGGAGGACGUGUAGCAAAUGAGCUUGGAGCAGGCAAUGCAAAGGGUGCCAAAUUUGCCACCACAGUUUCAGUGUUAACCUCUCUAGUAGUGGGCAUUUUCUUCUGUUCAAUGAUUAUAGCCCUCCCUGACAAGCUAGCUAUGAUCUUCUCAUCAAGCAUUUCGGUUAUUGCAAUGGUCGAUGAACUAGCAGUCUUAUUGGCAUCAACUAUUCUUCUCAAUUGCAUUCAACCAGUUCUUUCAGGGGUAGCAGUUGGGUCUGGUUGGCAAGCAAUGGUGGCAUUCAUAAAUGUAGGUUCCUACAACUUUGUGGGUGUCCCCCUUGGGGUUGUCCUGGGUUGGUUGCUGCCUUUUGGCAUCAAGGUAUGUGUGUUGUAUGCUUCCAAAUAUUUUCUCUUGCUAUGAUGCAAAAAGUAGCCAGUUC